CACACAGAGCUUGUGCUGGGUCACUGCCUCUCCCAGCUCAAGGCAGAAUCAGGUUCCUGUAAUAGGGAAGAAUUCUGCUGACAAGAGCAUGAGUCCCUUCUUUGUGAUGUCUCUCCUCUUUGGCCUGAUUUUCGGACAAGCAGCAUCACUCUGUGCUCCUUCUGAGUACACAAUCCACGUGGAGAAGCGGGAAUGUGCCUAUUGCCUGGCCAUCAACACCACCAUCUGUGCUGGGUUCUGCAUGACUCGGGACAGCAAUGGCAAGAAGCUGCUGCUCAAGAGUGCUCUGUCCCAGAACGUGUGCACGUACAAGGAGAUGCUGUACAGGACAGCGCUGAUCCCAGGCUGCCCUCACCACACCAUCCCCUACUACUCCUACCCCGUGGCUCUGAGCUGCAAGUGUGGCAAGUGCAACACUGACUACAGUGACUGUGUCCGUGAGAGGGUCAGGACAAACUACUGCACCAAGCCACAGAAGCUCUGUAACCUGUAAAGCUUUCAUUGGGACGGGGUGAAAUGUACUGCUCUGCUCACAGC